CGACGCUGGACAACCCGUUUUGGCAGCACCUGUGUUGACAGCUAAACCAGGUUUUUUCGGGAACGGCCUAGUUCUUUAAAAAUUGCCCCAAUUUCGUAACUAUUAAAUAAAACACGACAAAAACUGCCUGAAAAUGUGCAUUUAAACCCGCAGACCGCAUCCGAGCAUCAUUUCUGACAGAAAAAAUAUGGGUACAGUUCAUGCCAAGAUUCCCAACGAAACUCCCUCGAAUGUAAGUAGUUUCGCCAAACAAACGGGCCUCCAUGAGGAGAGCCAGAAGGAGCCCGAAGUGAAAGAAGUUGAUUUGGAAAGGGUUCGGGUCAGGGUUGACAAAAUAAAUGUUGAUGGUCUUGGCAGGACCAAAGAUGACAUUGUGGAGGACUGUAUACAAGAACUUUUUAAAGCAAAAGAUUUCAAAGAAGUUCUUCUUCAAUCCCUGAGCACCAGGACAAAAUUGGAAGAACUGGGCUGUUUCAAAAAUAUUGGAGUAUAUAUUGACACCAGCAAAGGUCCAAAUGCCUCACCAGAUGGUCUCGAGGUAACAUUUGAUGUGAAGGAAUUUAAAAGAGUAACUGGGGGAAUAAGUACUCAGGUGGGCAACAAUGAAGGGUCAGUAUUAGUUGGAAUGAGAGCCCCAAAUAUUUUUGGUAGAGGUGAGAAAGUGCAAGUGGAAUACAGUCAUGGUUCUAAGAAAACUAGUAACUUUAAUUUGGCUUUUAUUAAGCCUUUUAGGGGUAAACACAGACCAAUGCUUAAAACAUCAGUAUUUCAAGCUCAUUCAGAAUGGCCCAGUUCAGGAUACAAACAACUAGAAAGAGGCCUUUUGUUAGACAUAGGAUUUAAUUCUGGAUCUCUGUUUAAGCAUAACUUACAAUGGGAAGGUGCCGUAAGAGAUUUGUCAACAUUAACUAGAUCAGCCUCUUUUGACGUACGAGAGCAAUCUGGUGCCUCUUUGAAAUCCUCAAUUAAACACAUUUUAACUGUUGAUUUUCGAGAUGAACCCAUUUUCCCCAGUACAGGAUCUAUAGUCCAGUUGACAUCUGAACUGGCUGGCCUUGGUGGCGAUAUUGGUUUUUUAAAGAACGAAAUUUUCUUCCAAGAUAACUAUUCUUUAUUUGAGGACAUUGUUAUCCAAACCAGUUUGAUGGCUGGUUAUAUUUCUCCCACAAACAAUGAUAAAAAAGUCACUAUAGCAGACAGAUGUUUCAUUGGUGGACCCCUUUCAAUCAGGGGGUUCCAGGCACGCGGUGUAGGGCCCCAUGUGGAUGGAGAUUCUUUAGGAUCCAGCUCAUAUUGGGCAGCUGGGCUCCAUCUGUUCACUCCGUUGCCUUUUAGACCCGGUAGAGGAGGAUUUGGGGAUCUUUUUAGGACACAUUUCUUUGUUAAUGCUGGGAAUGUUGGAGAUUUUAGUUUGGAAAAAACCUCAAAAAGUGACAUUGUACAAGUCCUUAAAGAAAACAUGCGAAUUUCUUAUGGUCUAGGAGUGGCUUUGAAGCUCGGCAACAUGGCUAGACUAGAAGUGAACUACUGUUUCCCCUAUAGGUUUGAAAAAGGAGACCAAACGCACCCCGGCGUCCAAUUUGGCAUCGGCGUACAAUUUCUAUAAUUUUCGCAGCCUCCCUGUAUAAAAUUGAAUAGUAGAUGGUAUUAAAAUAUCGGCAAAAUGAAAUCGAGUGAAAUUAUUUGUAUAUUUUUGGACCAGAUUAUUUGGUUGACAUCUUGAUGUUAUUAUAUUUUGUUGACAGUAAAA